GGCUUUCCGCCUUUCCGGGUCGGACCAGUUCAGCGGUGUCGCUCUAAAACCCUUCCGUCUCUCUGCAUGCGAAGCCCCAGGACGGGGAGCCGAGGCCGCUGUCCGGGUCGCAACAGCACGAACGACACCACCGACGUCGAUCUGUAGUCUUCAGUUCUUUCACUUGGAGAAAAGUGUGAUGGCAGAUCCCCGGAGUCCUGUGUCUGUCCCUGCCAGUGGAGGCACUGCCCGGCCACUGGGGGGCGCUGGCGAGGUGGAGAUGGACCCCGUGGAGUUCACCCUGCGGAAGCGGCUCCCGCGCAAGCUGCCGCGCCGCCGCAACGACGUCUACGUCAACAUGAAGACCGACUUCCGCGCCCAGCUGGCCCGCUGCCAGAAGCUGCUGGAGGGCGGCGGGCAGCGGGAGAUCUGCGUGCACGGCCUGGGCCUGGCCAUCAACCGCGCCAUCAACAUCGCGCUGCAGCUGCAGGCCGCCAGCCAGGGGGCGCUGCAGAUCGCCGCCAACACCUCCACCGUGGAGCUGGUGGACGACCUGGAGCCCGAGGACGAGGAGGGGGGCGAGCCGCUGACCCGCACGCGCAACAACUCCGCCAUCCACAUCAAGGUCUUCUACGGCGAGGGGCACUGAGGGGACUGGAGCGGGCAGGGACGCGCUGACCGGUCCCGCAGGGUCUCCGGUCCUGGGGCAUUCUGGCUCUCGGAGGACAGCGCGUUGGGAGAUCCCGUCUGCACGCGGUGUUGCACUGAUCCGCGGCAGGACGGCCCAGGCUCCUGAUCGCCCCUGCGCGCCCCCCCCCCCCAGCUGGUCUCUGAGCAGGUCGUCACUUCUCGGCCGUUGCUGUGGUUUAAUGACUGCUGGGACAAGAGCUGACCGCCUGAUCACACCGCCGCGCUGCUGGAGAAGGUGCGUGGGUCCUGCUGGGUGGGGUGGGCCUGCGCAGGCCCAGCGCCCUUUCUGCCCCAUCGCCCUUUUUCCAGGCGAGAGCCUUGACUCUGUGCCGUGAACAGGACGAGGCUGGAAUCUGAGCAGCAGCCUUUCCCUGACGGUGUCGGCCAAGGAGAUGCUGUGCAAAAAGAAUGACGCUGAUAGAGUAGUUUUCAUCCCAUCGGCAGUCGUGUCGUGUUUCACGUCGUGAGACAUCAGCGAAAACGGACUUGCGUUCCGGGUGCGGGUUUGUCCUGAGGGAUCCAGGAAGGAGUGGGUGCCUCUGGUCCGCUUGGAUUCAGGCUGGAAAGCCAGAGCAGUGAGUCGGACGGAGGAGGGUGACCAGUGCAGAGCUGCAGUGCUUGGCUGUUCGUGUGUAUUUCAGCCCCUGGGAGGUCAUGGGUACAUCCGUGUGGGCACACUUGACACGGGACGGUUGUUUUGUUUCUGAUUGUUCCUCUGUAAAUAAAAGUCUUUUCUGUUUGACCGAAGCCCCUGGCAUCUCUUUGGAUUGGUAUGUCAAUAAUCCAACAGUAGGUAAGGCAGAUUCCCAAGCCUGCUGCUUGCACUUGCAGACAUUUACACCAACAGGUCUGUGGAGGCCAGGUUAUACUACAGGAUGUCUUUCUGAUUUCAUCAGUACCAUUAGUGCAAGAGCCUCCUUCAGCUGGUAAUACCUGGGGUGGAACAGCUCCUGCUGUGCAGUGAGAACCUGAUGGCAAUCGCUGUAAAACCCGGAGUGGAUCAGACUGCUGUGCAAUGGGAGACUGAUUGACCAUACUAUAAAACCUGGAGUGGGAGUCUAA